AUGAGUAGCGGCAGCGAUCUGCUUUCGUUAGCGAUUCGCGACCUCGAAGGUCUCGACGUGCAGUUUACCGGCUACGGCAUGUCCCUCGGCCGUUUCCAGUUCACCCAGCACAACCACUGGAUCGAAAAGCCCGUGUUCAUUGACGAGUUCUCGUCGCGACUUUGCUUCCAGCUUCCAAAUUCGCAGGGACGCUAUGUCGACUUUGACGACGAUUCAGAUGUAUCGGACAUCCAGCCACAGCAGAUCGCGAUUCCAUCAAUCGACCAGACUGCCAAAGAUGCCGCAUCGCGUGGCCAGAUGCAUUUCCAUGAUCUCGCGCUUGAGAAGAGUAUCCUCCUGCAUCGAGUCGCCGAGCGCCGUGCCCGCUCGCCGUCCUAUCAUUCGCCGCAGGACUUUCACCUCGGUAAUGUCAACAUAUCGUGGCUGUUCCGGACCGAGGAAGAGGAGCGCGACCACCGCUCGGCUCGAGAGCUGGUGAUGCACGAGUAUCCCUACAUACUUGGAGAGACGCCUCUCGAAAAGACCGUCCAGCACCGGGUCGAGGAGCUGGAGAGUCGCAUCAGAGGCCAUCCUCUGAAGGGAAGAGAGCACAUCCAUGGCCGACGUGCCCCAGACGGCCAGAAGCAUCCCCGCGCAUGCGUCCCUGCGAACGCACAGCCAGCCAAAGUCGCUGCCAGGUGCCCAGAAAUACCGCAUGGCUGCCCUCCGCAGUCGACUUGCGGGCGGAAGAAAGGCAAGCCACGACGCCAGUGGGGACAAAAAGGCUGGCAGAAGACUCUGGUGAUUGCCAGGCGCUCUCUCGUGCGCUGGACGGUGUCGCAAUGCGUGCAAGCGCAAGCGCAAGCCAACAGCAACCAGUCCGCCCAUCGUACCGACGAGUUUCCGACGACACUGUUCAAGCAAAGCGAGCGAUCAAGCGGACUACAUCGACGCCACAUGUACUCUCAUCGAUUUCGGCACAAUCUCAAGGUCAUUCCCUGCCGGACACACGUGUCGGAAACAGCACUCAUCAUGAUCCGCGCAGCCCAGCGUCAAGUUCGAUCCUUGCAAAUGCGGAGGAAGAUGAAGGUGCAAAUGCGUGAUGGGUCGGGUCCAAAGUCCGGUGUGCAGUACAUCCAUUUGCUCAACGGUGUCGACAGCGAAGCCCAGUCCGAAGCCAGUCCAGCAUCAGUAUGCAAGAACCACAGACGAAUGGUGUCGAGCAUGACGGCGCUCCUGACAGGCAAGAUGCGGGUCUUUUCUCGCUCCAGUUCCAUCGGGUCUACACCGAGCCAGGACCACCACCGCUUGCCAGACCAAUGUCAUCGAGAGUCCAUCCAGUCCGCUGCAGAGAAACUGCUGUGUCGGGUCAAGAAAGCGGCAUGGAGCUCGCCCGACUCGAUGUCGGCGCUGCCGAUUUCGCUGUCGUCGUCGUCAUUGCCACCGCCGCCGGGUGCCGGCAAAUCUUCGCUCGAGAAGACUCGCAUAUACUUUGCAGCCCGGCAAAGCGCCGUCCGAGCCCAGGUGAACGACAUGGCUGCAAGAACGCGCCAAAGUCUCAGAGCAACUCUGCAAUACUCAUGGGAACGGCUGCACGACGACCACGGAACCUCCGGUACAACCGAAACUCAGGCCGUGAAGGCUGUCCAGGAAGCUGUCCAGGAAGCUGUCCAGGAAGCUGUCCACGAGACCAUCUGCGACCUGCGCCGUCUAUGCAUCUAG